AUCACGUGAUACGUAAAACUAAAGUAAAGAUCUCUCUGCACAACGACCAUCAUUUACAUUAUUUAGUCUAUGUUAGCCUAUUUGAUAUAAGAAGAAUGGGAUCAAUUUUAUGGGUACCAUUAGCAUUUCUGAUAUCAGGAAUAUGGCUUUAUGUAUUAUCAAUCAAUCUACCAGAACACACAGGCUCAGAUAGGUCAGCUUUAAAGUUUCCGAGGAAUUUCGAUGAUCUCACGGCAUUGGCAUCUUUGUUGAAGGAUUAUAAAUCAGAUAACAUGCAGUAUGUGAUGUUACUCUUCUGUAGUGCCUAUCUCUUCAAACAGACAUUUGCUAUCCCUGGAUCAUUCUUUAUGGUGAGAGGUGCCCUAUUUGGAACAUGGAGAGCCUUUCCGCUAGCGAGCUUACUGACAGCAUGUGGCGCCACCUGUUGUUAUCUUUUGUCACAAUUCUUUGGCAAGUCAUACAUUGAAAAAUUCUUUCCUGAGAAAGUACAGUUUAUGCAGAAAAAGGUUACAGACAAUAUGGACAGUUUGUUUUUCUUCCUGUUGUUUCUAAGACUAUUCCCGAUGUCACCAAAUUGGUUUUUGAAUAUGGCGUCCCCGAUACUUGAUGUACCAGUACAUUUGUUCUUCUUAUCAGUCCUUAUAGGUUUGAUGCCUUACAAUUUUAUAUGUGUUCAGACAGGAAGUAUGCUGUCAGAAAUUACCUCCCUUGAUGGAAUCUUCACAAAGGAAACCACAUUGAAAUUAUUUGGUAUUGCCACGGUUGCAUUACUACCUGGACUUUUGAUAAAUAAAUUGAAAGAAGGAAGAUUAAAGACCAACUAGUCUUGAUGUAGUGAUUAAAUAGUGCCAAUAAUUAAAUUUAAAUAUUCAUAAUAUGAUGAUAGGACAUGGGACAUUUAAAGGGUAUAAAACUAUGCUAAAUUUUUCAAAUGGACUUGUCCAUCUUUUAAAUGUGGUGUUCAACCAUUCAUCAUUUUUAGGGAAGAUGCCAAUAGUUGCAACUGAAUAGUGAACAGUGCAGACCAUGAUCAGACGGCUCCAGUGUGCUGACUGAUCUUGGUCUGUACUGGUAGCUGCGGUAGAUUCAGUCCCCGCCAGCAGGUUUAUAGUUAUAACAUGCAGUAUUAUAAAAUUAAUAUGCACAAAAUGUAAUACAAUUUUAUUGUAAACUAGAACAUAAAUUAUUAAGUUUGAAAUGUUUUUAAAUGAUAGCAGAACAAACAUACAUUGAAUAUUCAAUAGUCAUGUGAGGAAGCUAUCCAGCCAGCUUACGGAACGUUGGUGGUCUCUUUGUGCCUGAAAUAAUGCACAGUAUAAAAUAUUUUUUUAAAAAUGAUACAAAAAAUAUUUUUCUGAUAUUAUGAACAAAUUUUUAUUUAUCAUGUGCAAUAUGCUACUGUAAAAUCAAAUAUAAUUUCACGAGACCAAAAAAUUCACAAAAUCAACAAUUCAGACUAAAUUGGCAGGAGGUUUAAUACGGUAUUCAUGAAUUUCUACUGUUUAAUAUUCAUGAAUUUCUACUGUUUAAUCUUCAUGAAUUUCUACUGUUUAAUAUUC